UGCGAGCACCAACUGACGCCUAGAGAGUAUCCGUGCACGGAUCCGCCGCCGCCGCCGCCCCUCCCCGUUCAGCCCCCCCUCCGCUCGCUCCGGAGAUCGGCCAUGUUGCUUCUCGCGCUUGUUCCGGUAUCAGGCACGAGCGUUUGAGCACCUCGGCCGCAGUACGACACCGAUCCGCCUCCAGUGAAGCCCAUUUCACCACAGCCCCGAAGCCAAUCAUGGAUUUUACUACGUGACUGUGGAUGUUCGUCUUUGGAUACAAGCCCUCAGACAUCUCCUUUCAUUCAAGAAUCUUUGGUCACCGGGAUCCUGUGAGUGGCGGAAGACGGUUUCGUGGAUCAUGAGGGUUUUUCGGGAUUGAUAAUUUUUGAAAUCCAUCAUACGUCUGCUAGUGCUUCAUUCUCACCACUCACGGUUCAUCUUAUUUAUAUCCGUGUUUAGUCCAUCGCCGUUUGUUUCGUUUAUCUCAAACUGACGGUUGAGGUAUUUUUCACCUUUUGUUGACACUUAUUGUUUUGAAGGUCGGUAAAAUUGCGAUUUUUGGUUGGCCUAACACUUCAUAUCGCUCGCAGAGAGAUACUUUUCCUUUUCGUGUCCUCAUUCUCUAUGACUGUCAUUUUUAAGACCUGGGAGGAUAUGAAUUGGCUUUAAACUCUCGUUUAUUUCGUUGGGAAGCAAAUAUAAAUGGUAGUGAGCUCCAUGUUAGUCUCUCCAAGAAGAACUUCAUAAAUCCUCACCAAGGACCUGCUGUUUAUUUUCAACUGGAGACUUUAAUACAAGUUUUUUUUUUUUCUCCUCCACAUAUGAACUGAUGUUGGGCUUCAACUUGUUGAUCUCUGUCUGCGUGGCUAGUUCAAGCUAGCUAGCAACACUGAUUACUUCUGUCAGAACAGAGAAUAGCCUCUAACGGCAAGUUUCUAAAUGCUUGUCAACCACUAAAAACGAUUUUCCAUUUAUAUUUCCCCCCUUGGCCCUGUUUUUGUGAAUACCUGGGCGAAAAUGUCAACCCGGCCUCAAGGAGUUGGUGUUAUAGAGAAUUCAUCCAGCCAGACCCACUCUGAUGCCAAAGGAGGAGGGCGUCCAACUGUUCGGAGUGUUCGGGGUGUGGUGCCGACGGCGGAUGAAAACCCCCACAUAGGAAAUUACCGACUGCUGAAGACCAUAGGCAAGGGCAACUUUGCCAAGGUUAAACUGGCCCGACAUGUCCUCACUUCUAAAGAGGUAGCGGUGAAAAUCAUAGACAAGACCCAGCUCAACUCUUCUAGUCUUCAAAAACUGUUCCGAGAAGUGAGAAUUAUGAAGCUUCUGAAUCACCCGAACAUCGUGAAGUUAUUUGAGGUGAUCGAGACAGAAAAGACGCUGUAUUUAGUCAUGGAAUAUGCCAGUGGAGGCGAGGUUUUUGAUUACCUUGUUGCUCACGGGAGGAUGAAAGAAAAGGAAGCUCGUGCCAAAUUUAGACAGAUUGUCUCAGCUGUGCAGUAUUGCCAUCAGAAGUGUAUUGUACACCGAGAUCUCAAGGCUGAGAAUCUUUUACUGGAUGCUGACAUGAACAUAAAGAUCGCUGACUUUGGCUUCAGUAAUGAGUUUACGGUUGGCAAUAAAUUGGACACAUUUUGUGGGAGUCCGCCGUAUGCCGCCCCUGAACUCUUCCAGGGCAAAAAGUAUGAUGGGCCGGAAGUGGAUGUGUGGAGUCUCGGGGUCAUACUCUACACGCUGGUCAGUGGCUCACUGCCUUUUGAUGGACAGAACCUGAAGGAGCUGCGAGAGCGUGUGUUGAGAGGGAAGUAUAGGAUUCCUUUUUACAUGUCCACAGACUGUGAGAACCUGCUGAAGAAGUUUCUCAUCCUCAAUCCUACCAAGAGGGGAAGUUUGGAGCAGCAGAUCAUGAAGGAUCGCUGGAUGAAUGUAGGUCAUGAAGACGAUGAGUUGAAGCCCUACAUUGAGCCUCAGCCUGACUACAAAGACCCCAGAAGAACAGACAUAAUGCUUCAGAUGGGUUUCCCUCAAGAGGAAAUAGAGGACUCUCUCGUCAAACAAAAAUAUAAUGAAGUCAUGGCAACCUAUCUGCUGCUUGACUAUAGGAAUUCAGAGCUUGACGAGGGUGUCAACUUGACAUUAAAGCUACGCCCAGGAAGUGACCUCACUAACAUCAACACCCCUUCUCCACCUCAUAAGGUACAGCGCAGUGUGUCAUCCACUCAGAAACCCGUCAGAAAAACGACAGAUCAGGGUUCAUACUCGAAAAGGCCUCAGGGAGAAAACAAGCAUGGAGUGGAUGAUUCUGGAAGGAAAGGUUCAAGUAGCUCCACCAAAGUUCCACCCAGUCCAGUGAUCAGCAGUGAACGCAAAAAGAGUUCUACACCCUCUACUAAUAGUAUCCUGUCCACGGGCACAAGCCGCAGCAGAAACUCCCCCAUUUCUGACAGAGCCACUCUGGGAGUGCAAAACGGCAAGGACAGCCUGAGCACCCCCGGGUCCCGCGCCUCCACGGCCUCGGCCGGCGCCGUGCUCUCCUCAUCAAUCUCUUCCUCACGCACCCGCCAUCACAAGUCCCUCUCCACCUCUGCCCAUCCCUGUCCCGCAGACCUGCACUCACACCGGCCCAGUGAUCCCCCCCAGAGAGCACCUGGCGCCUCCCCGUCAGCCCACAAUAUCAGCAGCGCAGCUGGGACGGACCGUACCAACUUCCCUAGAGGGGUGCCCACCCGCAACACCUUCCACCUCGGCCAGCAGAGGGGCGCACGGGACCAACAGGGUUCUCCGUACCACGGAGCCCCCGCCUCCCCUUCCCUCUCCCAUGGCAACAGCCAACAGCGACGACCCGCAGCUUCCGGCAUCUUCAGCAAGUUCACCUCCAAGUUUGUGCGCAGAAAUCUGUCAUUCAGAUUCCCCAGAAGGAGCCCCUAUGAGGGAGAGGGUCGAGAGGAGGGGAGCAGAUCUAUGCUCAGCAGUGCGGAGAAGUCGGAGAAGACCAGUGUAGGGCCAGAAGACGACAACAAAGACUCCUCCUCCUCCCCAGGGGACGGGACUCCUCCAGCCGCACCCGUGUCCUCGCUUAAAGACCAGGCGAAGCCUCGCUCACUCCGCUUCACCUGGAGCAUGAAGACCACGUCUUCCAUGGAGCCCGGCGAGAUGAUGAAGGAGAUUCGGAAGGUUCUCGACGCCAACAGCUGCGAGUACGAGCUGCGCGAGCGCUACAUGCUGCUGUGCAUGGCCGGCAAUCCCGCCCGUGAUGACUUUGUGCAGUGGGAGAUGGAGGUUUGCAAGCUGCCCCGUCUCUCGCUCAAUGGCGUACGCUUCAAGAGGAUAUCCGGGACGUCCAUCGCCUUCAAAAACAUCGCCUCCAAAGUCGCCAACGAGCUGAAACUGUGAGAGGAGAGAGAUGCGAAAGUAGCAUUUUAAAGAGUCUCUGAACAGGGAUGAGUGGAGAACAUACUGCUCAAACACAACCUGCUGGUAUGGGUAGGUACAGAGAGAGAUAUAAGAUCAGAUUCAUACAAACGGGGGGAAAAAUAGCACACUGGCCCUUCAAUCCUGCACAGAAUGAGGAGUUUUAGGAGGGUAAACUCUGCAGGUUCUUGGUUCAUUGUCCUGAAAACGUUCAAUUCAGAAAGGCGACGGGUCUCGACUUGGUUUGUUUCUGCUGAAAAUGAAUUUUGAACUCAUUUCAGUCUCUUCGUGUGCUCGCACACAAACGCACCUAAUGCCUAUUGAAACAGACAGAGCAUAAAUUGCCAAACUUGAAAGAGGGGUGGCCAUUGACUUCAGAACCUAAAGUAUUUACAGGGUGGAGGUGGGCUAUUUACGAGGAAAGUCAGAUGUUAGUGCUCCCUUCAGAGAGAAACACACACUCUCUCUGUGUUUAUUUCUUCCUCUUAUUCUAUCAACAGGGUUACACCUCACCAUUGUUCAGUAAGGGCCAGCACACUUGAUCAAUACUGAUAGGACUGUAAAUUCUGGUUAAGGUGAUUUUAAUUCUUAAUCGGCUGGGUUUAGAUUUGCUGCACUGGAAUGGGUGAAUUUCUGUUGCCUUUUUAUUUUCUUAAAGAAAUUAAAUAUUUCAUUGUUGUAUUUACCAAUGAUUAUGUUUUAAUAUUAUUCCUAGUAAAAACAAAUUCUUUUUUUUUUUUAUUAUUAUUAUUAUUUGUGGUCUCGUGUUCUUGAUCGUACUAUGCCUUUGUAUAAAGAAUGUCUGAAAAAAAGCACCACAUGACUCCCACUGAACCUUUCACACUCUUGCCCCACUUUGCCGCAAAGGAUCAUGGGACAGCAAAUCCUCAUGCUUAAAAAAAAAAAGUCACUGGAAAAGACAUUAAAGGACAAAAUCCACGCAACUAAUCAUUCCCAUGCCAUUUUUGUGACUAAGGAACUGAUGUCGAGCUGCUCUUCUCUGCAUCCACGACCCUUCAUGGAUCAAGCCAAGAACUUUUCACCUCUGUCUCGUCUGCAGGUGGCUUUUUGGCAUUACUCAUUCGAUGGUACACUCUUUAUGAAAACGUGUCGUGAUUGAAUGUGUACGUAUGUGUGAGAGAUGACGAUGAUGGAGUGUCAUAUCUGAAUAACCAAAAGGCUUGCUUAGUUUCAUAUUCAAUGCAGAGACUAUUAAUACGUAGCCUUGAGACCACAAGUACCUGCCAUGAAGAGUCAAAUAUUGGUGUUCUGUUAAUUCCAAUAUUUUGUUGGCAUUAUCAUUUUCACUAUUGAAAUCAGUUCAGAUGUCAUUAUCGCACAAGCAGAUCAGUAAGUAGAGAAGACAGGAACCAAUCUGCAGAUGUGUCUGCAUGAAAAAAGAGCAAAAGAGUACACUGACUACAAGCUAGAGAGCCACAGUGUGUUUCCAUCCAUUUCUGCUGAGCUGUACAUGCUUGCAUGCAUCCUCUAGUUGACAUCAGGUGCACCGUCACCGCUGUUGUUGUGUAAAGAGGAGGGGGGUUGGGAUCAGAUCUCCUUGUAAAGUCUGUCACCAGUUCAGGGGACAACUGUGCACAUGUGUGUUUUAUAUCUUCAUAGAAAAUAAUGAUUAUCUUUUUUUUUUUUUUUUUUUUUUUUUGUCAUGUACUUUGCUGUUCUCACAACUGAUCAUUUGUUCAAGGUGCUGGGGAUCCAAUUAUCUUAAGUAUUGUUUAUUUUUCUUCAGGGUUGAUUAUUUUUAUUCACACAAGUUUUUCGUUGCUGUAAUUUUAUUAUUUGUGUCAGACUCUUUGCUGUUGGGUUAGGCGGGGUUCACAUAGAAAUACACCAAAUGUUUUUUUUUUUUUUGUUUUUUUUUGUGCAAAGAUAAUUAUGAUCAAUGAUAGUAAUAAAACAAUUAAAUUCAA